UCUUAUGGAAAAUUUUGCACUCCGAUCUGUCUCCACUAUCUCUUCCUUUUCGAUCCAUUAUUCCAUUUAAUGCAUUUUCUUUCAAGUUUAUUUCGAUCGAUUUCGCUUUUUCAAUCAAUUUUGAAUCUGUUCUUUAAUCCGAAGCUGUGUCGACCAAAUCCAAUGCCAACCAGUGCCUCUGAAUCGCCGGAUAAUCAGCUGUCGCCGCCGAACCCACCUCCCAAACAAGGCGCUAAGCCAAUCCCAUUUCUGAUUUCGGUUGCUAUUGGCAUCAUUGUUCGUUUCGCCGUCCCAAAACCGGCGGGGGUUUCAACAAAAGCGUGGCAGUUGCUCGCCAUUUUCUUGUCGACGAUUACUGGCCUUGUUUUGAAUCCUUUGCCGGUGGGUGCUUGGGCGAUUCUUGGCUUAACUGUGACUGUUGUUACUAAAACUUUGACGUUUUCUGCUGCUUUUAAUGCCUUUACUAGUGAGGUUAUUUGGUUGAUUGUGAUUUCCUUCUUUUUCGCUCGUGGGUUUGUCAAAACUGGAUUGGGGGAUCGAAUCGCGACAUAUUUUGUUAAAUGGAUGGGCAAGAGCACGCUUGGUUUGUCUUAUGGGUUAACGAUUAGUGAGGCUUUGAUAGCUCCUGCUAUGCCGAGCACCACCGCCAGGGCUGGCGGUGUGUUCUUGCCCAUCAUUAAAUCCUUGUCGCUCGCUGCUGAUAGCAAGCCGAACGACCCUUCUUCUAAAAAGAUUGGCGCGUAUCUUGUUCAGUCUCAGUUUCAGAGUGCUGGUAACUCUAGUGCCCUGUNCUUAACGGCUGCUGCUCAAAAUAUGUUGUGUAUUAAACUGGCUGAGCAGCUCGGUGUGCAAAUAUCUAGCCCUUGGCUUACAUGGGCUAAGUUUGCUUGUGUCCCUGCCAUCAUUGGUCUGUUGGCAACGCCUGCAAUCUUAUAUAAGCUGUUUCCUCCAGAGACCAAAAACACGCCAGAAGCUCCAGCCAUGGCUGCUAGAAAAUUGGAGGCUAUGGGUCCUGUCACCAAGAAUGAAUGGUUCAUGGUUGGUACUAUGCUUGUUGCUGUGUCUUUAUGGAUUGCUGGUGAGAAACUUAAAAUGGCUAGUGUUGUGGCUGCUAUGAUUGGUUUGUCUAUGCUUCUUAGUCUUGGUGUUCUUGAUUGGGAUGAUUGUUUGUCUGAGAAGUCGGCUUGGGAUACUUUGGCUUGGUUUGGUGUUCUUGUGGGCUUGGCGGGACAGUUGACGACGCUCGGUCUUGUCGGUUGGAUGUCGAAUUCUGUGGCGGAUUUGCUGAAGUCUAUGUCGCUCAGCUGGCCUGCUGCGUUUGCUAUUCUUCAGGUGUUGUAUUUCUUUGUUCAUUACUUGUUUGCUAGCCAGACUGGUCAUGUUGCUGCUUUGUACUCGGCGUUCCUUGCUAUGCACUUGGCUGCUAAGGUGCCUGGUGUGUUGGCUGCUUUGGCGUUGGCUUAUAACACUAAUCUCUUUGGUGCAUUGACUCAUUAUAGCAGUGGCCAAGCUGCUGUUUACUAUGGAGGGGGUUUCGUUGAGCUAAGAGAUGUAUUCAAAGUCGGUUUAGCAAUGGCGCUCAUAAACGGUACCAUCUGGACUGUAUUUGGAUGCAUUUGGUGGAAGAUUCUGGGUCUGUACUGACCAUGAAAGUCUUCUUUUUGCGGCACAUGCCCUGGCUUGGGGGGCACACCACUGAUACUCAAAUUUUUAUGUACCCAAUUUGAUUCCAUCUCCUCUCGCCCUAAGGGUAGCACUGCCUAGGAUUUAGAUUAAAUUUUGCUAUGUCUAACCAUUACCAUGAAUGAUAUCCAUAAUUUGGUGAAAACCAAUCUAAAAAAUUGAGUUUUUGAAUCUCUUUCUGUAUUGA